CGCCGUUGCUUUUGCGUCGCUUUCAACGUCGAGGGAGUAUGCUUGGAUUGUGUCGAUUGCAGCAAGGUGGUUCGGUUCUUAGCGGCGACCGCUCUUGUCUUCGUUGGGGGGAGCUCGCGUCUUUUUUGCUCUCCCCGCUGCUCGACGUGUGAAACUCGCUUCGCGGUUGCUCGAUGCUCCAUUGUGGCUGUGGUAGCACUUUUGGAGGUUGUGUUUGGAUAACCAUUGUUUUCGUUAGUCGUGCACGUACAUACAUACGCUGCUCGAAAUACUCGUGGUAAUUGCAUUGGUAGUGCACACUUGGUUACGAACGUGGCGUUGCUCGACAAAUGAUUCAGAAAAUAAAGCAAAUGCUAAGUCAGGAGAAAAUCACUGUCCAAAGAGGAAGGUAUGGCUAGUUUGACAGUAACAGCAUCGAGCAAGAAUAGUUCUCGAAGUGCAUCUCCCAGCAGAACCAAUAUUUUCAGCUCACAUAGUCAGCAGCAACAGGUCAUCGCAGAUCAUACACCUAAAUCACGGAAUGCCAGCACGGCUCAGCAGCAGCAACAGCAGCAGCAGGGGACGGGGACGGGGACGGGGACGGCCGAGGGUAGCACGUGUAGCGGCGGAAGCGGGGGCGCCAUGAGGGCCGGGGCCCCGAGGCAGCGAUCACCCGGUGCCGUGGCACGAGCCGGCGACGCUUUCGACGACUCGGUCAACCUCUCCUUCGGCCUCGACACCGAGGACCAGUCCCUCCUGCACCUGGCCAACCCAGACGACGACAUCGACACGUCGUGCCAAGCGGUCCACCAGGCCUCCUUCAUUUCCAACGGCUCGACGGAGCUCAUCGGCGACGACGUGGACGCGAGCGGUGGCCGAGUGAGACAGGCGAUCGAGCACAUACAGAACAAAAUCGCUAAGACGCGCGAGCUUAUAAGGACGGAACAGACGACCAGGGACGAGAAUGUGAACGAAUAUUUGAAGCUUGCGGCCAACGCCGACAAGCAGCAGCGUACGCGCAUUAAAACGGUCUUCGAGAAGAAGAACCAGAAGUCAGCGCACAAUAUUCUACAGUUGCAGAAAAAGCUCGACAGUUACACGAAAAAGCUCAGGAACUACGAGAUGAAUGGCGCACAAGUGGCCCAUCGACAGCCUCGCGAAGUUCUUCGUGAUAUGGGACAGGGAUUGAAAAAUGUGGGUGGUAAUAUACGUGAUGGGAUAACAGGAUUUUCAGGAAGCGUGAUGUCAAAGCCAAGGGAGUUCGCUCAUCUGAUAAAAAAUAAAUUUGGCAGUGCCGAUAACAUAAAUAGUAUAUCACAUGGCUCGACAUUUUAUGUAAACGAUACACCGCGUGCAACAGGUAACAAUGGUGAUAGCGGCAGCGUCGAGGAGGAAAACGGCAAGGUCCACCACGGCUCGGCGACCCUUCCCGGGGGCUGCAGCCUCGGCUCCAACCACAGCGCCGGCGGUGGCGGUGGCGGUGGAGUUGGGAGCGGGGGCGGUGGCGCCGGAGGACCCGGGCCCACGACCAUGAAGUUCCCCUCGGAGGAGGGCUCCGAGUGCUCGAGCGUGACGAGCGAGAGCGGACCCGGAAGUCGGGGUCAGACCCACGCAUGCGCGCACGAGAGCAGCAGACCCUGCAGCCUCAAGUCCAUAUUCGCGGAGCUGCAGGACCACAGGGAGAAUCUCGACCGUUUCCGGGAAAAGCUCGAGGCGUUCAAGACGAUACAACAGGAGGUGAGCUAUCUGUCGCACGCCCUCCAAGAGGAGAGAUUCCGCUGCGAGCGUCUGGAGGAGCAGAUAAACGAUCUUACGGAACUACACCAGAACGAGAUCGAGAACCUGAAGCAGACGAUCACGGACAUGGAGGAGAAGGUGCAGUAUCAGAGCGAAGACAGAUUGCGUGAUAUACACGAGAUGCUGGAAAGCUGCCAGACGAAAAUAUGGAAGAUGGAGCACCAGCAGCAGCAGCACCAGCAGUACGUGACCCUCGAGGGCCUCGACAAUAGCAACGCCCGAGCCCUGGUGGUUAAGCUCAUAAACGUCGUACUGACGGUUUUGCAAGUGAUUUUACUGUUAGUGGCGACCGGUGCUGGGAUCAUGAUGCCGUUUCUUCGCACGAGCUGUACUAAGCCCCAUUGUUUCAUGUGCAGGGUGCGCAUACUGACGACGACCUUCGUCGUCCUGGGUAUAGUCUUCGUGCUGAAGCAGUGGCCCGAGGUCCACGAUGUCGGCAGUCAUCUAAUGCGCCACCUUAAGCGGACGCUUGCCGUCAAGUAGCAUUCCUCGUUAUUGUUAACCCCCGGAGGUGAUAAUAAAUUAGUGCGACAAGGAGGCGUGAGAGGAGUACACGAAGAGAGAGAAAGAGAGAG